CAGUCGACAUCUUCAUGACCACACAAUGAGUAAUAUCAACCGGUCAGGGUCCUGACUAACAAGACUGGCUUGGAGUAUUUAAAUCAGAGGGGAAGAAUUGUAUAAAACACAGAGGUGAUCUGUACGAACGUUGAAAUCGCUGGAAUGUCAAGUCUGCUUCGCCGAUUGCCACAACUAAGAAACCAGUUAACACCUCGAUCUCCACCCACCAUAAUCCUGUCCGCAAAGAUGUCGACACACGAUCCAGCCAAGAAGAACAUCCUCAACUGGGUCGACCCCAAAGACAAGAGCGGGGAAUUCAGGCGCCAACAGUCCCAAUUCCGCGACGUCAUCUCCUCCGAUCCCAACGCCGCCUUCCCCGCCGAAAAGGACCGGUAUCAUCUCUAUGUCUCGUAUGCCUGCCCCUGGGCCCACCGGACCCUCAUCGUCCGGAAGCUCAAGGGCCUGGAGGAGCUGAUCCCGUUCACGGCGGUGCACUGGCACAUGGGCGAGCGAGGCUGGCGGUUCGUGACGCCGGACGAGACGGUGCCGGGGGAGAACGCGGUGCCAGAUCCGCUGCACCCGGAGUACACGCAUCUGCGGGACAUUUACUUCGAGAAUGAUAAGGAGUACGGUGGACGGUUCACCGUGCCGACCUUGUAUGACAAGAAACAGAAGCGGAUCGUGAACAACGAGAGCAGCGAGAUCAUUCGCAUGUUCUACCAUGCCUUCGACGCGUUGCUGCCGGAGAAGCACAGGAAUCUCGAUCUGUUCCCGAAAGCGUUGCAGCAAAAGAUUGAGGAGACGAAUGAUUGGACGUACAACGAUAUCAACAAUGGUGUCUACAAGUCCGGGUUUGCGACUUCACAAGAAGCCUACGAGAAGGCGUGCACACAGCUGUUCAAGUCUUUGGACCGUGUUGAGGCACAUCUCUCCUCAUCUCCCGGACCCUACUAUUUCGGCACCGAGAUCACGGAGGCAGAUGUCCGGCUGUACACGACAAUCGUCCGCUUUGACCCCGUGUACGUCCAGCACUUCAAGUGCAAUAUCCGCGACAUCCGAUCGGGAUAUCCUGCCAUUCACGCGUGGCUCCGGAAGCUGUAUUGGGACGUCCCGGCGUUCCGCGAGACGACCCAGUUCGAACACAUCAAAUAUCACUACACGAAGAGCCAUAAGCAGAUCAAUCAAUUCAGCAUCACCCCUAUAGGACCCCUUCCAGACAUUCUUCCGAAGGAUCAAGAAGUGGCGGCAGGAAAGGCAUCAAAAUGAGUGAGGUGAAUGGGAAUCCACGCUUAGUUUCGGAAUAAUAACGAGUAGUCUUUCAUAUUGCAAAGUCUUAUCACGAGUUCACGACCAUGUUGAAUGAACUACGUAGCGUUAUUUCACUACCUAUGAUUAAUAUACACAUUCCCUC